AUGCCCUCCCAAAAGCCCGUCGCCCUCGUCGUAGGAGCCUCCCGCGGCAUCGGCCGCCAAGUCGCCAUCGACCUCGCCAAAAACGGCUACGCAGUCGUCGUCGCCGCAAAGUCCAUCACAGACCCCUCCAAGCUGCCCUCCAACACCCCAGACCCCAAAUCCGCCGCCUCGACCGUCACCACCGUCGCCCGCGAAAUCGCUUCCGCCGGCGGCGAGGCCACGCCCAUCCAGGUCGACGUCCGGUCCGAGGAGAGCGUCAACGCCCUCGUCGCCAAGACGAUUGCUAAAUACAACCGCCUCGACGUCGUCGUCUACAACUCCGGCGCAAUCUGGUGGGCCUCCAUCGCAGACACCCCCCUCAAGCGCUUCCAGCUCAUGCAGCGCGUCAAUCCAGAGGGCCUCUACGCCGUCGUCCAGGCCGCCCUCCCGCACCUCUACAGGGCGCCCCAGGGAGGCCGCAUCGUCGUCGUCAGCCCGCCCAUCUACAGCCGCUUCUUCCGCGGCAAGGCCGCCUACGCCAUGGGCAAAGUCGGCAUGAGCGUCCUGACCAAGGGGCUGGCGAUGGACUUCGAGCGCGAGGGGAGGAAGAAUAUGGCGAUUACGAGCAUUUGGCCUGCAGUGGCCAUCGAAUCAGCCGCCACCGAGCGCUUCACAACCCUCAACCCCUCCGAAGCAGCAGACCUCCGCAAGCCCACCAUCUUCUCCGACGCCAUCCUCGCCAUCCUGCGCUCCCCCGCAGCGCGAGUCAACGGCGAGCUGCUCCUCGACGAGGACUUCCUCCGCGACGAGUGCGGCGUCACGGACUUCAGCAAGUACAGCGUCGUCCCGGGGGCCGUGCCGCGCAGGAUCAUGCCCGCCAGGUUGCCUGAUUUGACCGUUGCCGAGCAGGAUGACGAGGGCAAGAGGGUGGAUAGUGCUGCUGCUGCUGCUGCUGCUGCCAGAUCAAAGCUGUAA